AGUCCAUCUAGAGCAAAACAAUGCACGGAUAAACAUUAAAAUCGUCAAUUAUCGGCCAUAUUCGAUUAUUUUCUCCACAAAUGAUAAAUCUGAGCGAAUUGGCCGUAUCUUUUUGUAAAAUACGACGUUGGAUAUAGCCCAGUUAUGGGGUUGUUUAUCUGUAGUAAGGGGAACUUGAAACCGCCCCUUGCCCCAUGUCCUCGGUUGUUUUUCUUCUUUCUCCUGGAUUCUCCAUGUUGUUGGAGAAAAAGUGAGGGCUUCACCUAGACUAGAGGGGGCUACGGAUAAAUAUACAUGCGAUGAAGUAAAUUGAGACGCGAAGCCUAGAAAAUAGCAGAUAAGAGAAAAGAAAACAAAGAGCCAUGCCCCUCCCAUGUGGAAGAGAAUAGAAGGCGGGAAUAAAUAAAUAUCAAAAUAAUUUGUCUCCGUAGGUCUGAGAUAUUUUUGCGCUGACGGAAAUUAUUCAUUUCAAGCGUCGCUAGCAAUUAAUGCCACUAAAUGCGGUCCGACUGUUUGUCGCCGAAAAAGGUUGGUUGGACGUUGAGGGCUGUGCGUUUGUUAGAUGGAAAGUUCGAUCAUCACUCAAGUGCAGAGAGAGGAUUCUCGGUCGCCUUCGAAAACAGAUCAGGUGAAUAAUUCCUCGCUUCGGAAACCUGGAAGUCGGAACAUCUUCAAAAAGCUCAUCUGUUGCCUUCGACCUCAAGAUGCCCAACUGCCAACAUCACCUACCCAUGAUGCCUUGUUAGCACCCGAGGACAAUGGGACCAUUGCGAAAAUUCCAGGGGAGUGUCUUCUGCCAGCAGUGACCUCUCGGGACCAAGGAAAGAUCUGUGUGGUUAUAGAUCUGGAUGAAACACUGGUGCAUAGCUCCUUUAAGCCAAUAAGCAAUGCAGAUUUCAUUGUGCCUGUGGAGAUUGAGGGGACCACACACCAGGUGUAUGUGUUGAAGAGGCCAUAUGUGGAUGAGUUUCUCCGGAGGAUGGGAGAACUGUUUGAAUGUGUUCUGUUCACUGCCAGCCUUGCUAAGUAUGCAGACCCAGUGACUGAUCUGCUGGAUAAGUGUGGUGUGUUUCGGGCGCGGCUGUUCCGUGAAUCUUGCGUGUUCUAUCAAGGCUGCUAUGUUAAAGACCUGAGUCGCCUCGGCCGUGAGCUCCACAAAACUCUGAUCCUGGACAACUCCCCUGCCUCCUACAUCUUCCACCCUGAGAAUGCUGUUCCUGUAAUGUCCUGGUUUGAUGAUUCAGGCGACACUGAGCUGCUGCACCUCAUCCCAGUGUUUGAAGAGUUGAGUCAGGCUGAUGAUGUCUAUAGCAGACUAGAACAACUCAGGGGUCCAUAAUCCCUACACUUACAGACCACAGCAAACCUCCAUCUUGCAUUGCACUGACUGCAAAUCACACGAAAGUGGCUCAUAUGACAGUAGGCUCUGCCCUCUGACCUGAAAACAUAAACAAGAAAACUUUAAAUUCUACUGAACAUAGAGAAAUGUGCGGUUCUACUACUUGGAUGAUAUUUUGGUCAGAGGCCAAGUGUCUCGGUCAUAGAACUUGCCUUUUGCAAAAACAAUUUAAAAAUUUUGUAUUUUAUUUUUUGUAUUUUAAUUUUUUAGCAUUUUUUACAUUUGUAAUGCUAUCUUUUGGGGGAUUAAAACAGAUGCUGUUGAAAAAGACAAUACAUAGGGUCUAAUCAAGUCGUUAACAAACAGUGCAGCUGAAGUCAAUGUAUUAUGCUAUACAACUGCACAAUGUGUAAGCACAAUGUACUUUCAGGCCAGUGUCUCUAUGCAAGCUCUACCUGAACACAUGCUCACAUGUUCAUUUACAUCAAUUCAUAUUCAUACUUUCAAUAUUUAAAGGAAACCUGGUGUUUCUAAUGUAUUCCAGAUAAGAAUUGUGGCCAAAAUGGUAGAAAUUUUAUAAUAAUUAUCCAACAUGCUAUGCAUUUGUUUUUUAUAUAAAUGCUAAUGUGACACCAAGGACUCAUACAGCCUUGUUUUGGAAAACAGUCCUAUUUUUAGUCAGCGGAGUAAAUAGCAGUGGUGCGUUAACAUGGCCUUUAAUGAAAUACCUGUUUUGAACACGGUGUCAUGUGAAUUACAACCACGCUCUGUUCAUUUAAUUUAACACUUUCUAUAUGUAUCUUUUAAGUGGCCUUAUCUCUGCUUUAAGUGUACUUGAUGAAAGAGGUCACUAUGAUACUUGAGGGGUAGAAUUAACCACAUAGAAUGAACCAAAGAGAUUUAUCUUAUUCAGUUCAUGUCUAAAUGAACAUGAGGGUUUACAUCAUGCUGUAUUUAUUGCAGACAACUACGAAUACUGUCCAUCUUAUAUGUGUAUAUUUGGUUAAACUUGAAUUAAAAUCUUUAUACGAAACCAUUUUGUAUCAUCUCUGGCAUAGACCAGAUGCUCCACCUCUUUAUUACAAUCUUGUAAUAUUAUUUAAACAUGAACUUUUUAGAAGUUUUCAUUGUAGAAUAAGCAUUCAAAAUGGCAGUGGGUUUAUAUAUAUAUAUAUAUAUAUAUAUAUAAACACAACAGUGUUCAAAUGGCGGUCUCUUGCCUCUGUGUUCAAAAAUCGACAUGCCUUGAAUAAGGUUUGUGUUAUGUAAUAUUUUUUUACUUUUGUAUUGCUGACAAUAAAAUUUUGUCCUGUACAACAUUAGUAUGAAAUUAUUACUGUAUUUCUCCGUGUUCCAUUAAAGUAAAUUCCAACCUUUUUUUGCAUCUGGACCAGCUUGACAUUUGCUCAACCAACAGCUCGACUUUUUUGGUAAAAAGAUUAAUACCUAUAAAUAAUAGGUGAAUACUUGUUCAUAUCUUUUAAAUAAUCAGGAAGCUCAACACAAAACAAGCAUUCAGAUUCUUUGCCCUAAUAGACUAUUAUGAAACCAUCACACACCACAGCACUGUAUCUCUUGCAAGUAUUUCUCCCUUCAGAUGACCAACUUCACAUUUACCACUAGGGGCACCAGAAUCCUUCUCAAAACUACAGGAAGAAAAAAAAUAUGCCACUUAUUCUAUAACAAAUAAACCACAAAAAUGUUUACUUAAAAGGUUUUAUUGAGUUAUCGCAUGGGUGAUGGCAAUUGCUAAGAAAGGAGAUUAUGAAAACAAAUUUAUGGCUUUUGCAGGACAGAGUGGAAAAACAAAAAAUCAGAUAGCACCUUACAGUAUACUGUAUAAACAUUUUACAGAUAUAUUAACAACUUCAUAAAUUCUUUUGUAAACAUACCAAACUAAUAUAAAAUAUUCCUGAAAAUUAAAACAAAGUAAAUAACAAAGGUUAUAACGGCAUGCAAAAUAUGGAUCUAACAUAGUAACUCAAACUACUUCAAAAAAAUAAAA